GACGCGCACGUAUUAUCAUAUCAAGUAUAUUGAUACCAAUAGUUAAUGCAUUUGUAACGUAAAAAUGUUGAUAAGAUUUAAUGCCGAAUUUUUUAUACUAAGUUUAUUAACUGUAGCCUCAAGGAGUAGCGUUGUCGAUGAAAAUGUGGGCGAUUUUUCCGCAAAAACAGGAGCUUUUUACACCGAUGAUGCUGUAGUCGUUAAUGUAGCUGCCGAGAGAGUGAAGCGCGAAUCAAACAACACACGAGAUGGAAAACAACUAUUAUUAUUACGACCCAGACAGACAUCUAACGAUGCAGCGUAUGGAUUUGAAUGCGAGACGACAAUCGGCAAGAAAGGGACAUGUAAGAGCUUCCGUGAUUGUUACCCGCUUUUCAAAGUAGUCGAUCUCUCUGGCUACAAUGGAUGGGUUAUGGGCCACUACGAUACUUGCAGUUACAAAGGAAAUGAUAACACAGAGGUGUUUGGUGUGUGUUGCACGGAGCCCGUGGGGACACCUCCGCAACAGGAACCAGACGUGCAACGGCUCGGGUUACUGCAACCAGCGUUUUCUUCAUCAUUGUCCAACUUCAUGCCAGUGCCACUUUCCGCACAAUGGCCGUUUAAUAACUACAAUCAAAUCGCACAAUGGCCGCCAACAAUACCGCCGCUACCGACUCACCCGCCAGAUCACUCAGCGCCCACUCACCCUCCAUCGACUGUUGCGGGUGUUACAACAACAAAACCAUCACUAGUUCCAUCAAAUACGCCUCCUACUACGACUUGGGGCACAAAACCUCCAGCCAGUACAACAAAACAGACUUGGCCGCCAGUAAUUCCUACUCAACCGACGAAGCCUACAUCGCAGCCCAGCACUGAUAAAUCAUGUGGUAUAAAGAAUGGACCACAGGCAUAUGGCAGUACUUACGAGUCUCAAGAUGAGGAGCGUAUAGUGGGCGGUCACAACGCCGAACUAAAUGAAUGGCCGUGGAUAGUGGCGCUGUUCAACAACGGACGGCAAUUCUGUGGCGGGUCGCUGAUAGAUGAUUCACACGUGAUAUCAGCUGCCCAUUGCGUUGCACACAUGACAUCAUGGGACGUAGCACGGCUGACAGCAAGACUCGGUGACUACAACAUACGCACGAAUACAGAAACGCAACACGUAGAAAGAAAAAUCAAAAGGGUUGUCAGACAUCGUGGGUUCGACAUGCGCACUUUGCACAACGACGUUGCAGUUCUUACUUUGGACCAACCUGUACCAUUCACAAAGAAUAUUCGCCCCGUAUGUCUGCCCGGCGGGGGCAGAGCAUACUCCGGACAGGUCGCAACUGUCAUUGGGUGGGGAAGUUUAAGAGAGAGUGGUCCACAACCCUCCAUUUUACAAGAAGUUUCGAUUCCUAUCUGGACUAAUUCUGAGUGUCGACUAAAGUACGGCUCCGCAGCACCGGGAGGUAUUGUCGAACACAUGUUAUGCGCUGGUAAAGCCAGCAUGGACUCUUGCAGUGGGGACAGUGGAGGUCCACUUAUGGUGAAUGAGGGUGGUCGCUGGACUCAAGUGGGUAUCGUUUCCUGGGGUAUCGGCUGUGGCAAGGGACAAUACCCUGGCGUCUACACACGUGUCACUUCCUUCUUACCUUGGAUACAGAAGAACUCCAAGUAAAAACAGUUAUAAGGAUAAAUAUUCAAGGAUUUCGAGUUGUAGGUUUAUGUAUAAACUGUAGCCACUUAAGAAGAAUAUUGUUUACUAUUUAAAUCUCAAGUGAAAACAUUUUUGUAUACAUUUUACAAGUUUCAAAAAAUAUAUAUUUAAGUUUUAAAAAUGGUUUCCGGACAAAAUAGAAGAAAAAAAAAUAUGGUCAUUUAAUAAACAAAAGAAAAUGUCAAAAUACAUAAUUUCCCC